AUGGACAACACCUGCUAUAAACGCGAGGAGGAGGAGGAGGAGGAGACAAAAAUCUUGCGGCAAACUCGCCCGACCAAGAACUCGGCCACGAAACUCAAACGGGAGGAAAGCGAAAGUGCUCCGUGUGGAAAAAUUGUCCAAACCCGAUCACGUGCGGAUUGCGAAGGCAAAACCAACGGGACUGGCCAACGGCGCCGCACCCAAGUCGCGUGUUCAAGGUGCCGUAGAAGAAAAAUAAAGUGCAGCGGCGACCUUGGCAAUAACCAAGCGUGCUCGAAUUGUAAGAGCUCUGGAACAACAACUUGUUUGUUUUUACGAGUCAACUCUUCAACACUUCACGCGAAGCCAGGCUAUGAUUCUUGGGUUCAUCCAUUCUCGAAUUCUAGUCCCCCAGGGACCUGCGAACAGCAACAAGCUUGUGAUGCUCAUAUGCUGAGAGGAAAUCCUCCCCCAAUUCAUGGUGGUUCACAUGGAUUACCAGCAUACUCGGGGAUGCACCCGGGACUUGAAUAUGGAAUAGCUCCAGAAUCCUCCCUGGCCAACAGAGCCCCCUCUUACUCCCCAAACUAUCCAUUUGGCUACGGGGACGAGGGAGCGUAUCAUUCUCCGUUUCCCUCUUAUGCUCUUCCAAGUUCUACUGGACCAGGAGCGGGUGCUAUCUGUGGAACUUCCGCUCCAACAAGGAGCUGGCGAUUGCCAACUACGGUAGAUCCCACAAAUGGAGCGGCGUACCCCGACCAUGACGGAAGCGGUUCGCUAUCGCCGAGCUUUCCAUUCAUGAGCUCACUAUCUUUGGGGCAAGAUAGAACAUUGCCUAAGCCGACAACUAGUCGCAACAAUAACUUUGCGUCUCUUAUGGAAGGCACCACCGGUUCAAGUAGCCUGGCUGUGUGUCCAAACACAGCUGUUGCAUACAAACAAGAAUACCAACUGGCGACUGAAAGCGAAAGCACACGGGCCAUGACGAGCAAUGUCACCCCUACAACUCUUGCUAUCGGUAUCAAGCUGUCGCCGAGCCCCGUUAAUUGUGGAUUUGGAUAUAUUCCACUUUCCAACGGUCUUCAAACCUGCGUUACUUCUUCUGCUCCCUUUCCAGUCAAUGAAGUUGUUGAUACUCCUGUCAACCCCGAGUUACACGCCAAUAAUAAGACCACCAGGCCCCAAAGUUCCACGAAUACAUGCGUGUCGGAAUAUAUCCAUUCCACAAGCCGCAACCACCGGCCAGGGCAAACGAGACCAUCGGGAGGAAUAUUGGUGAGUGGUGAAGUGUACCAGCGGCCACAAUACACGAUAUCUGCAGGUACCGUAUACUCGGCGGAUAAAGUAGCUGUCUCUUCUCACUUGACAUCAGGCACCUCAAGCUGCUAUUGA